ACGCAGAGGCACACGCGCACAAGCAGAGAGACAACGACAGAAGAAACCGGCCGUCGCUGUACCCCACGUAGUCGUGGAAUGCCGCAUAGACGAAGGUCAAGCUUCCAGCACUUUGCGUAAUCGGGCCGCCAUGCCUCGUGAAAGAGUCAGCGGUCUGACGCUGUUCAUGUGGCGGCCUCGUUGUCAUGUCAAGGUGGCGAUCCUUGUAGUCUGCUGCCUGGCGAGAGCAACAGCAGCCGCAGAAGCAGCGAUCACAAGCAGCGAAUCCUCCCAGGCGGAUGCCCUCGCUGGUCUCAACGAUAAACUCGACAGGUUAACCAGCAAACUUGAGUCUCUGACGCACCAAGUGGAAGAUUUCGUGGAUGCCGGUCGACAAGAACGGGGAGGGCCCGCCGGACCACCGGCUGCUCGUGUCGAAGUGGGACGGGGGGUCGGACAGAUUGACGACCAGCGAGGGGGCACCGUUAGCCAAGCUGACGCGGAAUCAGAUUUAUACGACAGCAGUGUCGAGGGGGAGGGAGAAAAAAAGCAGGAGGACAGGAACGGGGAGGAGGAUGGCAGCAGCGAUGGCGGCACGUGGGGCUGGCCGCGAGAUGGGCGCCGGUUUGGACCGGCCUGGUUGGUGGUGGCGACGUUCGCGCACGAGGUGUGGCUGUUGCUGCAGCACGCCAACAUCUUGCUGAACCCGCUGUGCCAAAGGCUGGACAGAAGCUACGGCAUUGGGCUGCUGAGGCGAAGGUUGUACUGGGUUAUCGCCGGCGUGCUGGCGGCCUACUGGUCGCGGGAGGUGCUGUCCAUGCUGAUCGCAUCUCCCUACGCCUCUCCUCUCACGCUGAAGAUGGUGGCGAUAAGCUCCUUGUACCACGUGGGAAAGAUCAUUCUCAUCUCACUGGACGCGCAGCGACGGUGGUCGCCGACGAUGGGGAUAAUGCGGUUGCUCAUGGACCACUGGCAUAUGUCCUCCUUCAAGGACGUGCUGCUCUGUCUCAAGAGAAUGUCGCUCCAGGGGUUUGACACGGCCACGCAUGCCCUCAUCGUCCGGGACAUGGUCCGCUGGGACGAGGAGUCGGCGGAAAGAACGCAUGGACUUCACCGAAAACUGAUCGUUGUUUCUGUCGUGUGGGCGAUGCACGCCAUCGCGAACCUGGUGACCAGGGUCUCCACGGCAACGUUGGUCGUGGAAGUUGCCAAGAGUCUUGUCGGGAACUGGGGGAGUCCCAGCGGGAAAAGGCCUCCGAGUUGGCGACAGAGAGGAGGCGGCAUGUUCGGCGCGUUGGACGGCGGGCGCGCGGAGUUCACUUGCACGACGAGCUGCUCGCAUGGCCACAAGAGUUGCGAAGUUUGCCACCUGCUCACGAGGGACAAGCCUGCCGCAUUGGCUCCCCCCCCCCAUCCCACACGGAAACGCGUCGACUAA